GGCUAAAUGUUAACCUAGCUGCAGUCAGUCCGCCGCUGUGUUCGAGGAUACGGCGUCAAUAACGCAGCUAACCCCCGUUUGUUCCGUGUGUCGAGCUUCCGUGAGCCGCCGUGAUGUUGUCAAGCAGCCAGCGGUCGUAGAGCUGUUGCGGUGCGGUGAGCCUCCCUCACUAGCAGCAGCUACCCGGAGCACACAUUAGCAGGCUGGAGUCUUGAGAAGCAGCGAGGGGCGGCGGGCUGCUACGACCAGCUAGCAGCGGGGCAGCUAGCUAGUUAGCUGGCUAGCGAGUAGACAGACGUUUGCCGUCAAAGUGAGUAAAACCGCGGGCCGUGAACGCUGCCGCACAGCCUCCGGUACUUUCCGCUGCUGCCGAGUCGAUACGGGACCCUGACUAAGGAGCUAGCAGCGCCGGGAAGCUAGCUGCAACUCCGCCGAGAAACCGAGAAGAUUUGGAGCUAAAGAGCCAGCUGGGGUCGAGCUGCCGCGGUGGGAGGCUGUUAAACUGGAGCUGGCAUCGUUACUCCUCCCGUCUUUAACACCGGGCUGCUGGGCCUGACAGCUGAGAAGAUGUCUGAGGGAGAGAGCAAGCAGGCCCCGGACGCGGUCCAGGAAGCCAAGCCGGAGUCCGCGGCCGCUGCUCCCGCAGGUCAAGGAGUGUCAUCCGUGUCUCCCCCGGUGUCCAUGGUGACCCAGCCUCCUGCUACUGCUGCCACGGAGGACGAGGAGGAGGAGAGCGAGGAUGAGUCAGAGAUUCUGGAGGAGAGCCCGUGUGGACGCUGGCAGAAACGCAGAGAGGAGGUGAAUCAGCGCAACGUCCCCGGGAUCGAUAAUGCUUACUUGGCCAUGGACACGGAGGAAGGAGUUGAGGUGGUGUGGAAUGAGGUCAUGUUCUCAGAAAGGAAGAAUUUCAAACUACAAGAGGAAAAAGUUAAAGCCGUGUUCGACAAUUUGAUCCAGCUGGAGCAUUUGAACAUCGUCAAGUUCCACAAGUACUGGGCAGAUGUCAAAGAGAACCGAGCGAGGGUCAUUUUCAUCACUGAAUACAUGUCCUCAGGAAGCCUCAAGCAGUUCUUGAAAAAGACCAAGAAAAACCACAAGACGAUGAAUGAAAAGGCCUGGAAGCGCUGGUGCACUCAGAUACUGUCUGCCCUCAGCUACCUGCACUCAUGUGAACCUCCCAUCAUUCACGGCAACCUGACCUGUGACACCAUCUUCAUCCAGCACAAUGGCCUCAUCAAGAUCGGCUCAGUUGCUCCGGACACUAUUAACAACCACGUGAAAACCUGUCGGGAAGAGCAGAAGAGCCUUCACUUCUUUGCUCCAGAGUACGGAGCUGUUGCCAAUGUUACCACAGCCGUGGAUAUCUAUUCCUUUGGAAUGUGCGCCUUAGAGAUGGCUGUGUUGGAAAUCCAGAGUAAUGGAGAUUCGUCUUAUGUGUCUCAAGAAGCCAUAAACAGUGCCAUUCAGUCCCUAGAGGACCCAUUGCAACGGGAGUUCAUCCAGAAGUGUCUGGAGGUCGACCCCAGUAAGCGACCCACAGCGAGGGAGCUGCUGUUUCACCAGGCCUUGUUUGAGGUGCCCUUACUCAAGCUGCUGGCUGCACACUGCAUCGUCAGCCACCAGCACAUGAUUCCAGAAAAUGCUUUAGAAGAAAUGACAAAGAACAUGGACCCCAACUUGGUAAUCGUUGAGGCCAAGGACGGAGUUCAGAUGAAGCUCUCCCAGUUUCCUGCACUUGAGCUGGACAAGUUCCUAGAAGACGUGAGGAACGGGAUCUACCCUCUGACUGCGUUCGGGAUCCCGUGUCCACAGCAACCCCAGCAGGAGGCCGUGAAGUCGCCCAUCGUUCCCCCCUCAGUGAAAACCCCGACUCCAGAACCUGCAGAGCUUGAGACCAGGAAGGUCCUUCAGAUGCAGUGUAACAUUGAGCCAGUGGAAGAAGGAACGAAGCACCAUCUGACCUUGCUGCUGAAACUUGAGGAUAAACUGAACAGGCAUUUGAGCUGUGAUUUGUUACCAAAUGAGAACGUGCAGGAGCUGGCUGUGGAGCUGGUUCAGCUGGGCUUCAUCAGCGAGGGCGAUCAGCCACGACUCGCAUCCGUUCUCGAAGAGGCCUUCUCAAAGUUCUACAGCCGGAACGGUUCUCUGAAUCCGGUGACGGUUUCCUCAUAGCGGAGGACUUCACCGGGCCUUCUCUCAUCCCUCCUCGUCCUCUACAACAGGACUAGCUUUUGCUCCACUUCAGAGUUGCAGGAAAGCUUUGUGAGGACAGAGGAGGAAGCCUUGGUCUGAUUGCAGAUCCUGCAGCCUGUCCUUGUAUCUUCUGGUGGGGAAAAAAACUGCCACUAAGUGGUUGUCGCUUUCAAUUUCUUUUUUUGUUUUUGUUUUUUUUCUCUCCUCCCACCCAAUACAGCCAUCUGCUUCUCUUUUAAAAGAGGAAAUCCUAGUUAAAGCAACUUAAAGGAAAAUACAAAUGUUUUCACCGUUUGGCUUAUUUCUUUCAGUUCUGAAGUAGUGACGAAGUGCUAGAGGUAAGCAGAAUAAAAGGAACAGCAGUAUUUUCCUUGAGUCAGUGUUAAAAUUGUAUUUUAAACAUUUUUACUUCAAACUGUUUAAUAGUCGUCUGUAUGAAAACUCUCCGUGUCCCGGCAUACUGAAGUGUGUGUCUUAUGGUGUUGUAAGGUGAAGUCUGGUUGUCUGGUCCUUUAAACUUUCUCUCCAGCAGCGAUUGAGGCAUCUUCUUACCUUGUAUUGUUUUUUUUUUUUUUUUUUUUUUUUCUCCAAGACUCUGAAAUGCAUCAAGCUAAUAAUGUAACAGGUGCAGUGUCCAUUUUACAAUUCUGUAAUUAUCUACAACACAGUCAUGCAGCUGCAGCACAAUCUGAGGAGCUCCAGAUGAAAUAUUCAAAAAAAAAAAAAGAAAAGAGAAGAAAACCUCCAGCUAUUUAUUUGUGUACCUUUUCCUGAGUGUGUACUAUACUUCACUUCCAGCACUAAAGCCGGUGGUUGUUUGAAUGUAUGCUUUUACUUGCUCUCUUUCUUUAAGUCACGCUGUUGUUUUCAGUGGAAAAAGGGGGGCGUUGUCACUCGACUGUACUACCAGUAGAACAUCGCAGCACUUAUGGAUCAGGGUCACGGCGAUGACGAGUCGUCUGUUGAGUUGCUUUGGUGUUUACGCACAGAUGAUCGUCAACAGGGUUUCGUGAACACGUGUGAGCUUUUCCGUGUCUAAACGGACGCGUGCAGUCGGCUUCUGCAAGUUGGUUCUCGUUUUUAAUGCAGUUUAUCAUGCAGGCAAAGUGUCGUCAGCUUCGGCCUGUUUAGAUUUCUCUGAUGCAUUCGUUCCCUUCAUGGCUGAAUUAUUCUGUGUCACACCAGAGCUGAAAACAACAACAAAAAAAAAACUGCCUCUUAGAUGUUCAGUUAUUGGCUCAGACCACUUUUAACUGUUUUGAGAUUCUCGCUGCUAGUUUGCACAACUGUACACAUCUGCAUCCCGUUGGAAAAGUCCCGCGGCCUCCGUGCUCGCCGGCCGGUGGACCGUGGGCGAUUUGGAAACGACGUCAUUGAAAACUCUCGAUGCUGUGACAACCCCCCGACAGGGUCUGUAGAUACCGCGAGAUACAAGCGUGGGACUGCCUGGCAUGCUUGUAACCAUCUUGUACACUGUAUGCUGGACACUGUGUUCUGUUUCUGCAAUGCAUUUACCCUCUUUUUUUUUUUUUUUUUCACUUCCUAAAAUAAAAAAAAACUACACUAUCA